AUGGCACCCGGUGGCGCAUCCACACCAUCGAUGCGAGCAUUGACGGCAAGAUUGAAGCAGAUACAGCUGUCGCUUAAUGACAUCCACCGAUUCAUUCAAGCGUUUACGGAAUCCAAUAACAUUACCGAGGUGGAGGUACGUGUUGAGAAACUGGACGAGCUUUGGGAGAGCUUUAGUGCAACCAUGGUGGAGAUCUACGCUCAUGACGAAUUCAAGGCUGAGAAGAUUUCACUGGAGAAGGAACGCAGCGAGUUCAGCGAUCGCUAUUACGAGAUCAAGUCCUUCCUAAUGGACAAGAUCAAGGAGCUUCAGAAACUCCAAGUAUUAGACCAGUCCUUCCGAACUGGUGAGGGAACAACGUCAGUUACCAUGGAGCACGUACGUCUACCGCAGAUCAAGCUGCACACAUUCAGUGGAGACAUCGACGAGUGGCUGAGCUUCCGCGACUUGUUCACGUCGCUAAUCCAUUGGAAGGCAGCUCUACCGGAAGUGGAAAAAUUCCAUUAUCUGAAAGGCUGCUUUGAAGAGGAACCCAAAGGCUUGAUCGAUCCACUCCCGAUCACGGCAGCCAAUUACCAGGUAACAUGGGAUACGCUGUUGAAACGCUACAACAACAGCAAACAGCUGAGGAAGCGGCAGGUACAAGCUCUCUUCAAGCUACCCAUGCUUUCGAAAGAAUCCGGAGCUGACUUACACAUACUGUUUGAAGGCUUCGAACGUAUUGUGCAGACUCUCGACUAA